CAAAUUCUCCUUCUUCACUCUCGACUAUUGUCCAUAAACCCUAGGUACCUCCUGAAUUCAUUGACGCUAGGGUUUUUCUGCAACUCCCCAAUCCCCGCCCAACAUGGAAGGGAUCGAAAUGGACGACGGUUACACUCUUCCCCUAAUCGAAGACGACGACAUCUGCACCUCAAUCCUCGCGCGCUUCAGCAACUCCACGCGCGAGGACCACCACCACCUCUGCGCAGCCAUAGGCGCCAUGGCUCAGGAGCUCAAAGACAAGAACCUCCCUUCGACCCCGGUCGCCUACUUGGGCUUCACGUGCUCUUCUCUCGACGGCCUCUCCUCCCAGCCCGAGCCUCCCGCUCAUGUGAUCGACGCCCUCCUCACAAUUCUCUCCAUUGUCUUUCAAAAAGUCUCGGCCGCAAUUCUCGUGAAGAAGUCCGAGUUCCUAUCGGAGCUCUUGGUGCGUGUUCUGCGGUCUCCGUCUUUGACAGUGGGCGCCGCCGUCUCAGGAUUGAAAUGCAUAUCGCAUGUGCUCAUCAUCAGAGGCCGUGUCAACUGGUCUGAUGUGUCUUCAUUGUAUGGCUUCUUAUUGAGCUUUAUUACAGAUUCCCGCCCUAAGGUGAGAAGACAAUCACAAUUGUGUCUUCGUGAUGUACUGCAAAGUCUUCAAGGAACACCGCUGCUUGCCCCUGCAAGUGAAGGGCUUACUAACUUAUUUGAAAGGUUUCUUCUGCUUGCUGGUGGGUCAAAUGCAGAUGCGGGUGAAGGACCCAAGGGAGCUCAGGAGGUCUUGUAUAUUUUGGAUGCUUUGAAAGAGUGUCUUUUUCUUAUGUCAAUCAAGUACAAAACUUCCGUCCUCAAGUACUACAAAACUCUCUUGGAUCUGCACCAACCACUUGUUACAAAGCGCAUAACAGAUAGUUUGAAUAUACUUUGUCUCAAUCCAUCUACAGACGUUCCUCCUGAAGUGUUGCUCGAUCUGUUAUGCUCAUUAGCUCUUUCUGUCUCCACAAAUGAGACAUCUGUCGAUGGGAUGAUGUUCACAGCUCGCUUGCUCGGUAGUGGAAUGGCCAAAGUUUAUUCCCUCAAUAGGCAUAUAUGCGUAGUUAAACUCCCUAUUGUAUUCAAUGCACUCAGAGAUGUAUUGGCAUCUGAGCAUGAAGAGGCUAUACAUGCAGCAGCGCAUACAUUUAAGAGUCUCAUUCAUGAUUGCAUUGAUGAAAGCUUGAUCAAACAGGGAGUUGACCAGAUUGUAAUGAAUGCAAAUCUGGAUGCAAGGAAGUCUGGGCCAACUAUAAUUGAAAAAGUAUGUGCUACUAUUGAAAGCUUACUUGGUUAUCACUACGCUGGUGUCUGGGACCUUGCAUUCCAAGUUGUUUCAGCCAUGUUCGAUAAAUUAGGGGUAUAUGCUUCUUAUUUCAUGAGGGGUGCGCUCAGGAGCUUGGCAGAGAUGGAGAAGUUAUCCGAUGAAGAUUUCCCUUUCAGGAAACAGCUGCAUGAAUGCCUUGGAUCGGCUCUUGUUGCAAUGGGACCUGAAACAUUUUUAGGUCUUCUACCUCUUAAUUUGGAGGCUGAAGACUCAAGUCAGGUGAAUGUUUGGCUCUUUCCGAUACUGAAGCAGUAUACUAUUGGUGCACGUUUGAGCUUCUUUACAGAGUCAAUUUUGGGUAUGGUUCGAACGAUAAAGGAGAAAUCUAGAAAGCUCGAGUCACAAGGACGUAUUUUUUCAUCAAGGAGUACAGAUGCAUUUGUACAUGCUUUGUGGUCACUGUUACCUUCAUUUUGCAACUACGCUUCAGAUACUGCUGAAAGUUUCAACGAUCUAGAGCAAGCCUUGUGCAGUGCCCUUCAAGAUGAACCUGAGUUUCGUGGAAUAAUAUGCUUGAGCUUGCAGAUUCUUGUACAACAAAAUAAGAAAAUUGUGGAAGAAAUGAAUGAUCUGUCUGAUAGUGAAGUAGGUAGUGCGAGAUACAGAGCUAUUGCUCAUUAUACCCCUCAGGUUACAGCAGAUAACUUAAGCGUGCUCAAGUCAUCUGCUUGCGAGUUACUGCAUGUUCUAUCAGGUGUUUUCUUGAAUACCACAAAAGAUGAUGCAGGCUGUUUGCAGUCCACAAUUGGUGAGUUUGCUUCCAUAGCAGAUAAAGAAGCUGUGUCAAAGUUUUUCCGAAAUAGAAUGGGGAUGCUUUUAAAGGUUACUGAAGAGGCUAGCAAAGCAGAAAGUCCUAGAGAUUUUAAUUCCAAGCGGGCCCAACUGUUUGACUUGGCGGUUUCAUUUUUACCUGGUUUACAUGAUAAUGAGGUUAAUGUUCUAUUUACUGCAAUAAAGAAUGCAUUACAGGAUGAUGAAGGUUUGAUACAAAAGAAGGCAUAUAAAGUCCUUUCAAUCAUUCUCAGGGACUGUGAUUCGUUUCUUUCAUCGAAUUCAUCGAAGCUCAAGGAAUUGCUUGACCUUAUGGUUAAUGUACUGCCUUCAUGCCAUUUUUCAGCUAAACGGCACAGACUCGACUGCUUGUACUUCCUAGUAGUCCAUGUUUCAAAGAGUGACACAGAGCAGUGGCGGGAUGACAUCAUAAGUUUCCUGACAGAAAUAGUUCUUGCACUUAAAGAGGCUAACAAAAAGACAAGAAAUAGAGCUUAUGAUAUCCUUGUCCAAAUUGGCCACGCCUGUGGUGAUGAGGAGAAAGGCGGGAAUAGAGAACACCUGUUGGAAUUUUUUAACAUGGUAGCUGGGGGCCUAGCUGGUGAAACUCCUCAUAUGAUCAGUGCUGCAAUGAAGGGCUUAGCUCGGUUGGCUUAUGAGUUUUCUGAUCUUGUUUCAACCGCUACCAAUUUGCUUCCGUCCGCAUUUCUCCUCCUCCAGAGAAAGAACAAAGAAAUAAUUAAAGCUAAUUUAGGUUUGUUGAAGGUAUUAGUGGCCAAAUCACAAGCCGAGGGGUUGCAAUUGCACUUGAAAAGCAUGGUGGAAGGCUUGCUGAAGUGGCAAGACGCUACUAAAACCCACUUCAAAGCCAAGGUUAAGCUUCUUCUAGAAAUGCUUGUCAAGAAAUGUGGGCUCGAUGCUGUUAAGGCUGUGAUGCCUCAAGAACAUAUGAAAUUACUUACCAACAUACGGAAGAUCAAGGAACGGAAAGACAGGAAACUGGGUUCUAAAUCUGAGGAAGCUAGAUCUCAAGUUUCCAAAGCAACUACAUCCAGGUUAAGCAGAUGGAACCAUACAAAAAUAUUUUCUGAUUUUGAUGAUGAUGAAACUGAGGAUAGUGAUACAGAAAAUAUGGAUGCCAAAACAGUCUUGGGCAAACGUGGCAAGGCUUUCUCGCAGCUCAAAUCCAAAGCAUCUUCAUUACGAAGAACAAAGAAGAACUUGCUCGAUCAACUAGAAGAUGAGCCACUCGACUUGCUUGAUCGGCAAAGAACAAGGUCAGCACUUAGAUCAUCCGAGAAUUUAAAGCGAAAAAUGGAGUCGGAUGAUGGGCCAGAGAUAGACGAUGAUGGGCGCCUAAUAAUUCGUGACGAAGCAGAAUCGUACAAGAGAAAGCCAUCGGAACCUCAUUCGGAUGCAAGAAGUGAAGCGGGUAGUUACUUGUCCGUAGACUCAAAGAAAACACAGAAGCGGCGGAAGACAUCAGAGUCCGGGUGGGCUGCCACCGGCAAAGAGUACGCCAGCAAGAAGGCCGGUGGGGAUUUGAAGAGGAAGGACAAACUUGAACCGUAUGCGUAUUGGCCACUUGAUCGAAAAAUGAUGAGCCGUAGGCCGGAGCAUAGGGCAGCUGCAAGAAAAGGGAUAUCAAGUGUGGUGAAGAUGACAAAGAAGCUGGAAGGGAAGAGUGUCUCAACUAUUCUCUCCACUAAAGGCUUAAAGUUUAAGAAUAAAAGUAAGGUUCAGAAGGGAGGCAGCAAGAAGAAAAAAUAGGUGAGGAACAGGACUACUUCGAUCGACACAUCGAAGGGAAACUUGUACUAAAGGGUUUUUAUAUUUUAUAUAUUUAUUUUUUUUAAUUUAUAAAUUACAGUAAUUUUCUUGAUUUAUUAAUUGUUAUUAUUGUUCUUAUACUGAAUGGACGCUUGUUAUGGGCUCGGGUCAUGUUGUGGGUAAGCAUAUUAGCUGAUGGGUUGCUAAAAAUCUUCUAAUGGGCUUUGUAUUGCUGUUACUCCCUGAGGCUCCACUGUAAAGAAAGCAUGAAUGAAAUGAAGUGGAACGUUUCUUUUAUUUCC